AUGUAUACAUUAUUAAGUGGAUUUUAUAAAUAUCUUGUUCAGAAAGAUGAAUUUUUUAUUUUAAUAUUAGGACUCGAUAAUGCCGGUAAAACGACAUAUUUAGAAGCUGCAAAAACUAAAUUCACAAAAAAUUAUAAAGGAAUGAAUCCUAGUAAAAUAACUACAACAGUUGGAUUAAAUAUUGGGAAAAUUGAUAUUGCCGGAGUUCGACUUAAUUUUUGGGAUCUUGGAGGACAAGAGGAAUUACAAUCCUUAUGGGACAAAUAUUAUGCAGAAUCACAUGCUGUAAUUUAUAUUGUUGAUUCAUCAGAUAGGGAUAGAAUAUUAAUAUCAAAAGAAACCUUUGAUAAAGUGAUAUUAUCAGAACAUCUACAAGGAAUCCCAUUAUUAGUAUUAGCAAAUAAACAAGAUAUACCAGACUGUAUGGGUGUUCGAGAAGUAAAACCUAUAUUUAAUCAAAAUGCUCAUUUAAUAGGUAGAAGAGAUUGUAUGGUUAUGCCUGUUUCUGCUCUUAAUGGAGAAGGUGUAGACGAGGGAAUUCAUUGGUUAGCUGAUUGUAUCAAAAGGAAUAGUGAUAUACGACCUCCUAGAAAUCAGGACAAUAACUGCAUAACAUAAAAAACGUUUUACAUUUUAUUUGCUAUUAUUUAUUCAUAU